AUGGUGGCUCACACCAAUGGCUUCUACGCUCGUGACUACAGUCUAUGGUUAGGAUGGAAUAAUAUGCGGUACAUCAUUGAGACCGCGCUGCUUCAUGGGCGUAUAUUAAACAGAACGAGCAUCAUCCCCUCGUUUGUUUACGCUCGCGCGUGCGAGUUUGAUAUUCACACUUGCGCUGCAUGGGCGACCAUGGUCAACCGGGGUGAUGCUGUCGGUUCCGACGAGUGGCGGCUAUUGCCAUAUGAAAAGCAAAUGGCUUGGAGGAUACCCAUCUCACUGAUGUUCAAUCUAACACACAUUCGAGAGACUCAUCCUGUCGUCACAGUCUCCGAAUUUCUUCGUUUACAUAACAUUUCCGCGGACGUCGAGACAGGUCGCGGCGAUUGGGAUACCGAAGCAUAUCAUCACAUAUCAUCGACUGGAGAGCGUAAACCCAGCCUCCGCAUCAUUGAAAAUGACUGGUAUGACCCCGGUGAGAUUGUCCGCGUGGACCGUAUCCCGGACGACAUGCGGGAGCGUGGAGGAUGGACCCCCGAAGGGGGUGACAGCUCUCGUGCACAAAUUGGAUCAUGGAACACUACGUCCGAUACGAGCCUAUACCAUGCAUUAAUGGAUCAUGUGCCGUCCCAAAGUUGGCCUGUCUUGAGUUGGAAAGAUGUUCGCAUGAUUGUGGAGGAUGGUGAACGAAUCACGUCCCAGUCCUCAGACGAAGAGGUGCAGGACGUCCUCAAAGAGAAUGGCUUUGAAGCACUCUACACGUACGACGGCGCUGCCGGAAUGGACGCCGUUAAAGAUGUUGCCUUACCUAUCCUCGAAGCCGCCCCCCGAGAACGGAUACAAGGUCUUUACGAGGAUUUCAGCCAAAUUUCGACUGAGGUUCUCCUCGUCCGCGGUGAGAUACACUGGACUCGCAAGCCUGGAAGUCUGUUCUUCACUACCGCAGAUAAUCGAGCACGAUUUACGCAGACUGUGUUGUAUGAUAUACGACUCACGGAAAACGUCAUCAAUUUGGCCUGGAAACUAAGAGACCGAAUGUUGGCGAUUAAUGAUGGUCGUCUCUGGAUGGCUGGCCACAUGCGCAGAGGGGAUUUCGUUCGGUUGCAGUGGGCAAUGGAGGCCGAUUUCAAAGCGCACCUUGCACGAGUUAAGAUGCAUUUAGAAGAGGGUCGCCACAUAUUGGAGUCCAUCCACGGCGGAAAUGUCACUACGUAUGACGUUCCCGACGCCAAACCAGACCCUUCUUUAUCCUACUUGGACCCGCCAUUACCAGAUGAUAAAUUCUACAUCGCAACGGACGAGCGAGACCCAGGGAAUCUCGCGUAUCUCAGGGAACAAGGUGCAAUCCUUAUAUCGGACCUUCUCACAUUCGAAGACCGUAGAGAGUUCGGGUGGGCGAUCAUGUUGACAGACGUGCUGGCACUGCUGGAACAGUCCCUUCUUUCGCAUGCUGCAUAUUUCUACGCCCAUGCUUUCAGUUCAGUUGCCGGUGGAGUCAUGAACCUUCGAGCUUCUUUGGGUGCUGACCCUCGGACGGCGAAGCUUGAAUGA